GUUGAUUGCGCGUAUCCUUUGAUGCAGCAUAUAACGCUCGUGUACCUUUAAGAACUAUGACGCAACCAUACAAACAUGCGUAUGAUUGGCUGUUUUUCACAACACACAAACGGAAACAUGGCGCAGGAACCCUGGAAUAAAGUAAAUAUUCCGUUUCCAAGCGCUGUUCGUUCGAGUCGAGUUGCAUUUAAUGCUUCAGUGGGUGUCUUGAUUGAAUGUCUGCUUGCUGACUGUGAGAAAGUGUUGACACUGUUAUGCAGCAAUGUGCUACAGACAGAUAUCCGGGUGCUAUAUGAACUACUUUACCUCUUGAACAACAGCUUUAGACAACACAAGCCCUUUGGAGCAUUAAAACAGGUUGAACAAUGCGUAAACCGCUUGAAAGAGAUGAAGUUACAAGCAGCCAUAGAAGACCUGAAGGAAUUGUGUCCAAACACAUUUCAGAGAGAUGCUGGAAUGGGGGUUAGGGAAUGUGACGUUCCCAGUCAGCCCAUGUUGGAGUGGUUCUGUCUCAAAAUACUUGGUGCCUCCAGCCUUUUAGCCCGAACACUGGAACGGUGCAUCCACACUUUUCAACUGGUACGACAACACCUUGCGUUGGCUGAAUUCAUUGUGCUGAAUGUGGUGAUUACCAGCAUGCUCAGUCGUCUCUGGGUGUUUUUCAGAGGCAUUCUGAGAGCCCUCGGGCCCCUGUACAAAAAAUCCACUGAACUCCUCCAUUUGGUGGCUCAGUCCCAGCCCAUGGCCUUCCUGACUGACUUCACCCUGCCUGGGGACCUGAAAGAUGUCUUGUGCCUCUCACAUCCUGACCUCCUGAUGGAAGAUUGUUUAAGGAUCUCGAAAAGGAAAGCACAUUUGAAAUCCUCUGUCCUUAGCAGGCUGUUUGGGGACAAAGGGGAAAAAGAGGAUGAGGAAGGAGAUGAGAGAGAUAUAAUGCCAAUAUUAGCUGCUGGUCUCGAUGAAAGCUCUAGUCUGGACCUGGGGACCGCAGUUUUACAGCAACGACCAGAAGCCUCUCCCUCUGGAUUGGACAUGAAGUUUGUGCUUCGACAAUCUUGUAAAACUUCCAAACAGAUGAUGUCUCUGGAGCCACAGGUGAAAUUGGACAUCUCAAGCCGAGCUGCAGACUGUCGGAAAAGGAAGUUCUUGAGCUUAUUGAGAAGGGUUUCCUCUUUCAGGAACAUGUCUGCACACAUGAAGGAAGUGAUGCAGUGGUGCAGGAGCUGUAAGCGCUAUCAAGAGCACAAGCAGCUCGCCUUCCUACAUCUUAAGUGUCUGAGAAUGGAAGGUCUGGAAGCUGAAGGUGUCAGGACGGAAAUCAGAUUGAAGAAGUUUAAGUUAAAAGUUCGAAAGGCAUUGAUGCUUCAGAAGACCUUUCCACCGAAACAUUCCUGUACCUUCGCUGCUCUUUGGAGAAACAAAUGGCACCGAAGAACCGGUCUUAGAUCAAUCAUGACACACUACAGAACUGCCAGACGCUCUACAAGAGUUAAAGACUUGUUUGAGGUGUCAUCGAAACACCGGGGGAAAUCCAGCCCACUGGAACAACCCUCUAAAGAAAAGGUGUCUGCAAUCAAAUUGGCACCCAAUCACGAGGACAAAUUGGAUUCACAGGCCCUGUUGAAGAAUCUAAAUAAUAUGCCCAAAGAUGACAUAGAUGAUAUUUUCUCAUCCAUUGAAUUUUAGUUGUUCAUAGUGUUGGUAGAAUGAAUCCAUGAGUGUUAUUUUUUUAUCAUUCAAACUUAAGCAUGAAAACUGACGUCAUUGUGUGAAAAAGACAAAUUAAUUUAAUCUUUCCAUAUAAAUUCUUUGUAAUAAUUUUGUCCUGCAAUUAUGCUGCAAGGAAUGUGGCAAAAAAAAAAAAAAGAGUAAAAAAGUGAGAGGAUGAACCUGCUGUCAAGAGGAAGUUUGUGAACUUUUUCCCUCAUUGGCACAUAAAAUGUCAUCAGAAUUUUAACUUUCAUUUAUCUUCUGGAUGGAUAGAUUAUAUUGAUAAUUUAGGGGAAUUAAUUUGCAAAACUGAACUAAAUCUACACAUUAACCCUCUGGGGUCUGAGGGUAUUUUGGGCCCUGGAGAAGUUUUGACAUGCCUUGACAUUUGUGCUUUUUUGAGUUGCUUAAAAACAUAUUAAUGGCUAAAGUCUGAUAACACUGUAUUCAGCACAAACUGGGCUGCAAUAAUAUGUGAGCAACAUGUAUGUACAGGUUUGUAUUUUUGAGAAAAUAACGUUUAUGCAUGGUUUCUGAAAAAACACAAUUUUUAAGACAUUGAAAUAAGGCCAUAUAACAGAUACUAAACAUUUGUCCACAAGACUUUUGAGAACUGGGUCUUGUAGCCUAGAGUUUCUGCUACAAAAUGAUGUGAAAACAUCCUGAUCACUCAUUCAUACAAAACAAUAUAGUAAUAUAACUUUUGUUAGACAAUUUUAGUGUUUGAAAGUUGAUAUGCGAGGAGGUGUGAUCAUUUUCAUCAUUCCUCGUGUAACUUUUUGAACAAUACAAACAUUGCUUGUGUGUUCUGGCCAAGUAGGUGUAAGAAUAGAGAGUUACCCUGAUCACAUAAUCCUGUUCUGUUACCAAAGUUUCAUUAAGCAAGAUGGACUGCUUAGGAGCCCAAACGUGCAAUAUAAAGUGCUUUUAUAAGUCAAUUAUCCAGUUUGGAAAAUACAUUCUGUAAACCUUACCUGGUAAAUUGGCCAAUAAAGGGGCAUUUUAAAAUGACUCAAUUCAUGUUUAAUAUUGUAGUUUGAUAUAAAAAUAAUAAUUCUUAUAACUUAAUUUAAAAGAGCAUUCACAUGUCACCUUUUUUCAUUCAAUUACAAGUUGAGUAAAAAAACAAAUGUACCCUUUGACAGGAUUGCUGCCAAUGAAAUGUUUAGAGAGGUUGUAUUUUUAUUUAUUUUUUUAAAAACAUGAUGGACUGGCACUUUCAACAACCUAUAUCUCCUCAAAUUUAAAUCAACAUCACAUGCCUGUGCAGGGUUUACUCUCAACUAUAUGCUUGUGUUCAAUAAACCAAAUUAAAGAGCUGUGUUCUCAGAGUAACCAGCUAGUGCCACAAUAAACAGCACUUUUACAACAUUUAUCAGUUUUGUUUAAAGUUAAUUUCUAUAUAUACAAAUAAUGUUUUCCUUAUAUGUGAAAUACUGAGUCAAGGUUUUCUAAAGCUUUAAGCAACUAUGCAAUGUACAAUAAAACAUACUACUAAUCUUUAUAAGAGUUCAGUUUACACCAUAAUCUAUGCCAGAAUGCCUCAUGCAUCUCAG